CUCUCUAUACUCCAUCCACGAUGCCCGCUGUUGAUCCCCACUACCUCUGGGCUGCCGGCCACUUCACGGUCCUCGCCGCCACCGCCCACAUCGUCCUCCAGACCCUCUUCUUCCGCGGCACCCCCGCCCUCACCUACAAGCUCGCAUACUCCGGCGCCCUCCUCUCCUACUUUAUCGUCGUCUACAAGAGCCUCGGACGGCCCCAGGCAUCCCAGGCAUGGCUCAGGCGUGCCCUCGUCGAUGAGAACUGCCAGUACGCCCUCUUGGCCCUUUUCUGGUGGGUCGCCAAGCCCGUCAACAUCACCGUGUUGCCCUUUGCCACAUUCUCAUUGUUCCACUGCCUCACCUUCCUCCGGACAAACAUCAUCCCCAAGCUCGUCCCCGCUCCCGCUGCUCCUGCCGGUGCCGCUGGCGCUGCUGGUGCCCAGCCUGCCCGCCCCCCCGUAUUCCUCGAGACCUUGUCCCGCAAGAUUCAGGUCUGGGUCAAGUCCAACUAUGACACCGCCAUGCGUUUCGUAGCCUACACCGAGAUCGCCAUCAUCUUCCGCCUCCUCGCUGGUGUCUUGACCCUCCGCACAUCAUUCGUCACAUUGAUAUUUAUGGUCCACUUUGUGCGCCUCCGAUACCACGCAUCACCCUUCACCCGCGGCGCCAUCACCAACAUUACAGGCCGCAUCGACGGGUUCGCUGCCGGCAAGGGUCCCGGUGUGCAGAACGCGUGGUCGACUGCCAAGCGGUUCAUUGGUUCCUGGGGAGGUAUGCCUCUCUUGCCUGGUGAGCCUGCUGCGGCCCAAGCCCAGGGUCCUGGUGCGCAGGCGGCCGCUGCUAGGAGGUAAUUGCAGCUACCAGUAUAGCAGAGGUAGAACUAGUACAUAAAGAUGUAUCAGGUGACCUCUUGUGGUGGAGGGCCGUCCAUACAGGAAGACAUGCCCGGCGACGAGGUGAAGAGAUGCAAAUGUUCUAUAGCGAAGAGUAAUUAGACGAGGCCAUGCAGUUAAUAAGACUCGGAGUUGCCCCGCGCGUAUACCACAAGCAUUGGUGUACUGAAAGGGGGACGGCUGGCACUCGCCUUUUGACAUCGGCAAG